GAUUAGAGAAAUGGAUCCUGCCGUUUUCAAUUUUACGGAAUGGACGACUGCUGCUCAAAGGGACCGAUUCUCCCGACGAUCACAAAAUCCUCCACGGCUCCAAACUCAUCCUCAUGAUAUUGGUCAUUGUUGCUCACCGUGUCAUGGAGGGCUGCGUCAAUCCUGCCUUUACCAAUUGGAAUUAUUACGAAAACAGAAUCCAAGAGUUCAGCCUGUUUUUCGUCGGCUUGCCAGUUGUGGAUGUCUUUUUUUGCAUCUCCGGUUUCCUCACCUGCACAUCACUCGUCAAGCAAUUGGACAAGAACACAUUCAACAUUUGGACUUACGUAGCUAACAAACUUAUCAG